AUGUUCACAUACACAAGCCUUUCACCUGAAGGAGGUCAUUCUAAAGCUGCUUUAUUAGAAUUUGAUGGUGUUAGGGUAUUAGCAGAUCCAGGUUGGGAUGGUAUUACUGAUAUUUCAUAUUUAGAUAAAAUAUUACCAACUAUUGAUAUAAUAGUAUUAUCACAUCCAACUACAAAUUUUAUUGGUUGUUAUGCAUAUUUAGCAUUUAGAGAUUUAAAUAUACCCGUUUAUGCUACACUACCGACAACUAAUUUAGGAAGAGUUGCUACAUUAGAUUUAUAUAGAUCUGUUGGUUUAAUAGGUCCUUUGAAAAAUACUGAAUUUGAAUUAAAAGAUGUUGAAGAAGCUUUUGAUAAAAUCAUAACGGUGAAACAUUCUCAAACUAUAGAUCUACGUGGGAAAUAUGAUGGUCUUUCAAUAACAGCUAUAAACGCUGGUCAUACUUUAGGUGGUACUAUUUGGGCUUUUAAUAAAAAUCCAGAAAAAAUCAUAUAUGCACCACAAUGGAAUCAUUCCAAAGAUUCUUUUUUAAAUGGUGCUGAUUUAUUACAAAAUUCAACUUUAAUGAGACCUUCAGUUAUUAUAACAUCAAGUGCAAUUGGUUCAGUUUUACCACAUAAAAAGAGAGUUGAAAAAUUCUUUGAAUUAGUUGAUGCAACUUUAGGAAGAGGUGGUACUGUUUUAUUACCAACUUCAAUUGGUGGUAGAAUGCUGGAAUUAGUUCAUUUAAUUGAUGAACAUUUACAAAGUGCACCAAUUCCAGUUUUAAUGUUAUCAUAUACUAAAGCUAGAAACUUAACUUAUGCAGGUAGUAUGUUAGAAUGGAUGGCACCUGCUGUUAUUAGAGAAUGGGAAACAAGAGGUCAACCACCAUUUGAUUCUUCUAGAGUGCAAGUUAUUGAACCUAAUGAAUUAUUAAAUAUGCCAGGUGCAAAAGUUGUUUUCGCAUCAGGUGCCGGAUUUGAAGAUGGUUCAGUUGCACAAGCUGCUUUAACUACAUUAUGUGAUGAUGAAAAAACUACAAUUAUUUUAACAGAGAAAACUGUCGAGAAUACUAUUGGUAAUGAUCUAUUUUAUACAUGGAGAUCAUUGGCUCAAGCUAAUAGUCCUGAUGGUAAAGCUCAAGAUGGUGUUCCCGUUGUUUUACAAAAGCAAUUAAAUGUUAAACCAAUUAGAGAGGAAGAAUUGUUAGGUGAUGAACUAAUAAAUUAUGAAAAUCAUGUUAAACAAAGAAGAUUAUUAAAAGAACAAACCAAAAAGAAUAAAUUAUCUGAAAAAAAGGAAACACAAUUUGAAGAUGAAUCAGAAUCAGAAUCUGAAGAUGAAGAUAUAUUAGGUGAAGAGAAAAAAAUUGAAACUAUACCAAUUGAUGUUGAUGUUAGAUCUUCUAAAGGACGUGCUAAGAUGUUUCAAUUUGUACCACGUAAGGCAAAAUUUGAUGAUUAUGGUGAAAUUAUAAAUCAUUCAGAUUUCACUAGGGAAGAGGAAAAAGACGUUGGUAAAAUGAAAAGACAUAAACAAAAUCAAAAUAAUAAAGUUCAAAUUGGUGAAAAGAAAAAAUGGAAUGAAGGUAAAAAGCAAGAUGAUACUUCAGAUCUUGAUGCUUUACAUCAUCCAAAAUCUAGAUUUAUAUCUCAAUUAGCUAUAAAUUCAAGAUGUGUAUUAACUUAUGUUGAUCUUGCAGGUUUAGUUGAUAUUAGAUCAUUAUCUUUAAUUAUUCCAGCUUUAAAACCUAAAAAAGUUUUCUUAUCACCAGAUUCUACAGAUAAUACAACAAAUGAAAGUGUUUUAACAAUGUUUAAAAAACAUAAUAAAUUUGAAGUUAUUGAAUUGAAAACAAAUGAUCCAAUAUCUGCUAAAGAUUCUGUUCAAUCAUUUGAUAUUCUCUUGGAUGAAAAACUAGCUGAUCAAUUAAAAUGGCAAAGAAUUGCAGGUGGAUUCACAGUUGCUCAUGUUAUUGGUAGUGUUAAAACUAAAAAGGAAAUUGAACAAGAAAAAUUGAAAGAAGAAGAAAAUAUUAAAGAUGAAGAUGUCAAGAUGGAAGAUGUUAAAUCUGAAGCUGAUACUAAAGAUGAUAUAGAUAUGGAUAAAAAGGAAUCAUCAAGACAUGAUAAUGAAUUAGUUUUAGCUCCAUUAUCACAAGACUCAGCAUUUUUAGCAAAUAUUAGAAGUACACAAUUAGCUAUUGGUGAUGUUAAAUUAUCAGAAUUGAAAAAAUCUUUAUCAAUUUCUCAUAAAGUUGAAUUUAAAGGUGAAGGUACUUUAGUUAUUGAUGAUAUUGUUGCCGUAAGAAAAAUUUCUGAUGGUGAUGUUGUUGUUGAUGGAUCUCCUGGUAGAUUAUUUUAUGAAGUUCGUGAAGCCGUUAGACAAAUGUUGGCUUACGUUUAA